AUGUUCAAGCUUUUUAUUCUUUUUAUCUACUCCUUUUUGUAUUCAAUAGAGGCAGGCGCAGGCACACUUGGAGAAAUUCCUAAACAAAUAUUCAAUGCAGAUCUAACUGACUUGAAACUACUCAUUUUGUCAAAUUCAAACGAAGAAAAUAUUCAAAAACUAUAUUCGACCUUUAUUUCAGAUCUUGUCUCAAGUGGGCACGAAAUUACAAUAAAAACUUACAAUAGGUAUUCACAAGAGCAAGAUCUACAAUUGUUUCUCUACGAUGAGUUUUUCUAUAACAACAUAAUAAUUUUGGAUAUAGUCACUUCGGAUGUACAGCCUUCAUUUCCCACAUCAUACGUAUCUAAAAUUUUGGAUUUUAUUGAUAGGGGAGGAAAUUUGAUGAUAUUUGUUGAUACACUUGAUGAUCAAAAUUUUAAUAUUGGAGAAAAUAAGGGAAUAAUUCGACUGGCAAGGGAGUGUGCAGGGAUUACAUUUUUACCUCAGAACACUCGUCUACUUGAUGUUUCUAUAGAUGGCAUGGGGGAACCUGCAAACAUCUUCUCUAAAAAUUGUAUCGAAUCAGAAGCAAUAUUUUCUUUGGAAACUUGUACAAAUAAAGGGAUUUUGUAUCAUGGUAUAGGUUUUUUAAAUAAUAUUCCCAAUAAUGAGCUUAUAAUUCCAAUAUUAACUGCUUGCCAUACAUGUGUUUCAGUCAACAAUAGCAUAAAAUCAAAAUCUCCAAGUUUUUUUGGAAAUUAUAUAAGUUCUAGUACUGGAGAGGAAAUUGGGUUAAUAAUGUCAAUGCAAGGAAGAAACGGUGCAAGAGCGACAUUUUCUAGUGACGGGAAAUUAUGUAGUAAUGAGGCAAUAAAAAGUAACAGCGGAAAUUUCAGGUUUUGUAGGGAUAUUUUUUUAUGGUCAUUCCAACAAAAAGGACUAAUCAAAAUUACAGAAAUUUUACAUAAAAAUACUAAUGAUAAUUCGAAAACAAUAAUCGAAAAUUAUGACGACACAUUGAAUUACACAGUUGAGGACACAAUUCAUUUCUCUGCUAAAUUUUAUAAAUUCAUUGAUAAUAAGUGGGAAGAUUAUGAAUCGGAAGAUAUUCAACUCGAAUUUACGAUGUUAGACCCCUAUAUACGAACUUACUUGAAAAAAAGUACAGAAGAUUCUCAGAGUUCAACAUUUAGCAGUACAUUUAAGAUUCCCGAAGUUUGGGGAGUUUAUAAAUUUGUAAUUAACCAUAAAAAAAUUGGUUUUAAUACAAUAUCCUACGAAUCAAUUACAACAGUUCGUAAUUUUCGUCAUGAUCAGAACGAAAGAUUCAUUAUCUCUGCAAUGCCAUACUACUCUGCAUUUAUUUUGGCUAUUAUUUCUUUUUGUUAUUUUACAUUAUUAUUUUUCACGCAAAAUGAUAUUUAUUUAAGAAAAUGCAAAAACAAGUAA